AUGGCUCAAGACGACGUCCACCGCAUCGAGAACCCGCAAGGCGACGUCGGCGUCCUGUCGUACGCCCCUCUCGACCCGGCCGCCAUCGAGGAGUCGCUCCGCAACGAGAGCGAUGGCGCCGUCGUCUCAUUCGUCGGCUACACGCGCGACAACUUCCAGGGCCGCAAAGUGACGCACCUCACCUACGAGGCGUACAUCCCGCUCGCGCUCAAGACGCUCGCCGCCCUGUUCGCCGAGGCGCGCGCCCUGCCCCCACCCGAACCCUUCUCGCACGCCGCACCGCACGCCUGCUGCGCCCGCUCCGGACCCCACUCGCACGCCGCCGACCACGACGACGCGAGCCCGCCGCGCAUCGAGCUCGGGCGCAUGCACGUCGCGCACCUCGUCGGGCCCUCGCCGCCGCGCACGCCGAGCAUCGUCGUCGCCGUCUCGAGCCCGCACCGCCGCGAGGCCUUCUUCGUCGCCGAGUGGAUGCUCGAGCGCGUCAAGGAGCGCGUCCAGGUGUGGAAGCGCGAGUGGUACGCCGACGAGGACGACGAGGCCGUGCGCGAGGGCCUCGGUGCGGGACAGGGCGAGGACGGACGGCGAGAGCCGGGCUUUGUCGGGCGCGACGGCGAGGGACCGCACGGCAUGGGCGGUAGGGCGCACGCCAAGUGGAAGGAGAACUUUCCGCACGCUGUCACGGCCAAGGCCGGGCGAGGGCGUGCAGCCGGCGGCGAGGGAGCUGAGCGGGCGGCGGUCGACGAUGCGGCGGCGAGCGAGUGAGGGUGUUCGAGCGGGGCAAGACGAGCGACUAGCUCGUCGAGCGGAGCAGGGACUUUCAGUCAACAACAUUCGCUGCGGCUCUAUCCUCCCUGCGACGACCCCGUCCCGUCAUCUGCCGUUCCCGGUCGCCCGUCGAUACCCCUCGAGCCGACCUCGACUUGUCGCCCCUCGGCUGUUCGUCCGCUCGACGCCCUCGACCUGCCUCGACAGCGCCAUUCACUCGUCGGUCAAGGAGGGCGACGCGCUCGUCUCGACCGCGACGUGCUUGUCGUGCGCCGCACGCUCGUUACGCUCGUCAGGAGCGAUGCGGACCUCGCGAGGAGGAGGAAGGUCCAGCAGCGCAGGAUCGAGCGUGCGAGGGACGGUGGGACCUGUAGCUGCUACAGGCUGAAACUCUUGCGUGCACGAGAGCGCCCUCGUC